AUAGUGGGCUGACCUUAACCACGUCUACACCGCCCUGGCCGCCUUUAUAUAGUUUUUCAUUGUAAAUCGACCUUCUUUCGGAUUUUCGCAGUCGCAGCACCCUUCCAACCACAACAGUUUCUAGGGUUUUGCGAUUUCAUCACACAAUGGUUCUUCAAAACGACAUUGAUCUGUUGAAUCCACCAGCCGAACUCGAGAAGAGGAAGCACAAGCUCAAGCGCCUCGUUCAAUCCCCCAAUUCAUUCUUCAUGGAUGUCAAAUGUCAAGGUUGCUUCAAUAUAACUACUGUAUUUAGUCACUCCCAAACUGUCGUGGUUUGCGGUAAUUGCCAGACAGUUUUGUGCCAGCCAACUGGUGGCAAAGCAAGGCUAACUGAGGGAUGCUCUUUCAGGAAGAAGGGAGAUUAGUGUUGAUUUCUAAUAAUGAAAUUGAAAUUUUGUCUUAUUGGAUAAUAUUAUGUUUUUAUAUAUUAAGUAGUUUGUGUUGUGCUGAAUGAAACUGUAAUGCAUUUGUUCUCUUCUCGAUGAGAAGAUACUUAAGUUAAUGGUAUUUAUUUAAUUUGGUUGUAUGACAUUAUAUCAUUACCUCUAAUUUAAAGUUUAGCAAUUUAUUUGAUA